GGCGUGGGUGGGGCCGGCACCGGCCAAUGGGCACUGAGGACACUGGGAGGUGCGGGCGGUGUUAGCGAUUUCAAACCCUGCCGAGGAGCGGCCGGACACUCGCCGCGCCCGACCCGCCGGCUCCCAGGACUUAGUGUAAUUAUAGAGAGAACCUGAAUUAAAAUGGGGGACGACAGUGAAUGGAUGAAACUGCCCAUUGACCAGAAAUGCGAACACAAGCUGUGGAAAGCCAGAUUAAAUGGUUAUGAAGAAGCCCUGAAGCUCUUCCAGAAGUUAGAUGAUAAGAGUCCUGAAUGGUCCAAGUAUCUUGGAUUGAUAAAAAAAUUCGUGACAGACUCCAAUGCAGUAGCUCAGUUAAAAGGACUGGAAGCAGCACUCGCUUAUGUUGAAAAUGCUCAUGUAGCUGGGAAGACAACAGGAGAAGUAGCGUCUGGAGUUGUAAAUAAGGUGUUCAAUCAGCCGAAAGCCAGAGCAAAAGAGCUGGGUUUAGAUAUAUGUCUAAUGUAUAUAGAAAUUGAGAAAGGGGAAGCAGUACAAGAAGAAUUACUAAAGGGUCUGGACAACAAAAACCCAAAAAUCAUAGUAGCAUGUAUAGAGACUCUGAGGAAAGCACUAAGUGAAUUUGGUUCAAAAAUAAUCUCCCUGAAGCCAAUCAUUAAAGUAUUGCCAAAACUUUUUGAGUCUCGGGAAAAGGCUGUUCGAGAUGAAGCCAAACUCCUUGCUGUGGAGAUCUACCGUUGGAUAAGGGAUGCUCUGAGACCUCCAUUGCAGAACAUAAAUUCUGUGCAGUUAAAAGAACUGGAAGAAGAGUGGGUCAAAGUGUCAUCAGCUGCUCCUAAGCAGACCAGGUUCCUGCGUUCUCAACAGGAGCUGAAAGCAAAAUUUGAGCAGCAGCAGGCAGCUGGAGGAGAUGCAGAUGGAGGAGAUGAUGACGAAGAAGAGGCGGUACCACAAGUAGAUGCAUAUGAGUUGCUUGAAGCUGUAGAAAUUCUUUCCAAGCUUCCCAAAGACUUCUAUGAGAAAGUUGAAGCAAAGAAGUGGCAAGAAAGGAAAGAAGCUUUAGAAGCUGUUGAACUGCUGGUGAAAAAUCCCAAAUUGGAAUCAGGAGACUAUGCAGACUUGGUGAAAGUUCUCAAAAAGGUUGUUGGGAAGGAUACAAAUGUUAUGUUAGUUGCUUUGGCUGCCAAAUGCCUUACGGGACUAGCUUCUGGGCUCCGAAAGAAAUUUGGACAGUAUGCAGGGCAUGUUGUUCCAACAAUCUUGGAGAAGUUUAAGGAGAAGAAGCCUCAGGUAGUGCAGGCACUGCAGGAGGCCAUUGAUGCAAUCUUUCUUACUACCACAUUGCAGAAUAUAAGUGAAGAUGUGCUGGCAGUGAUGGACAACAAAAACCCAACCAUUAAGCAGCAAACAUCCCUCUUCAUUGCAAGAAGCUUCCGUCACUGCACACCUUCUACUCUGCCAAAAAGCCUGUUGAAACCUUUCUGUGCUGCACUUCUCAAGCAUAUCAAUGAUUCUGCUCCUGAAGUAAGAGAUGCUGGAUUUGAAGCAUUAGGCACUGCCUUGAAAGUGGCUGGAGAGAAAGCUGUGAAUCCUUUUCUAGCGGAUGUGGACAAGCUAAAACUUGAUCGGAUUAAAGAGUGUGCUGAGAAGGUGGAACUGGUUUAUGGUGAAAAGACAAGAGGAGCUGCUGAGAAAAAAGAAGGCAAGCCUAGUGCUGGAAAGACCCCUGCUUUUUCAGGGAAUGGUGGAGACAAGGAAACAAAAGAUGCGGCAGCCAAACCACUGAAAAAAGCACCUGCUGCGAAGCCUGGAGGCCCACCCAAGAAAGGCAAACCAGCUGCAUCUGCAGGUGUGGGAGGUGCUGGAGCAAAAGGCAAGAAGGGCCCUGAGACCAAAGAAAUAUUUGAAUCUGAGCUCUCAAUAGAAGUAUGUGAGGAGAAAGCUGCUGCUGUCCUUCCAGCUUCUUGUAUCCAGCAGUUAGACAGUGGAAACUGGAAAGAGAGGCUUGCCUGCAUGGAGGAGUUUCAGAAGGCUGUAGAGCUUAUGGAGAGAAGUGAAAUGCCUUGCCAAGCUCUAGUAAGAAUGCUGGCCAAGAAACCUGGUUGGAAGGAAACAAAUUUUCAGGUAAUGCAGAUGAAACUUCAUAUAGUUGCGUUGAUUGCACAGAAAGGAAACUUCUCCAAAACUUCAGCUCAAGUUGUGCUGGAUGGUCUUGUAGACAAGGCCGGUGAUGUGAAAUGUGGGAGUAAUGCAAAAGAAGCAAUGACAGCAAUAGCAGAGGCCUGUCAGUUGCCAUGGACUGCUGAGCAGGUUGUGGCCAUGGCUUUCUCUCAAAAGAAUCCUAAAAACCAGUCAGAAACUUUGAACUGGCUUUCAAACGCAAUUAAAGAGUUUGGCUUUUCUGGACUGAAUGUCAAAGCGUUUAUCAGUAACGUGAAGACGGCUCUUGCUGCAACUAACCCAGCUGUGAGGACUUCUGCAAUUACCUUGUUGGGAGUCAUGUAUCUGUAUGUGGGGCCUUCUUUGCGAAUGUUUUUUGAGGAUGAGAAGCCAGCCCUUCUCUCCCAGAUAGAUGCAGAAUUUGAAAAGAUGCAAGGGCAGACGGCACCAGCCCCAACUCGUGGAAUUUCCAGGCAGAGUGUGGCAGGUGGAGAUGAUGGUGACGAAGAGGAACAAGAGGAAGUUGGGAAUGAUGUUGUGGAUCUCUUGCCAAGAACUGAUAUUGGUGAUAAGAUCACAGCUGAACUAGUGUCUAAAAUUGGGGACAAAAACUGGAAGAUCAGAAAGGAAGGUCUAGAUGAAGUGACAAGCAUAAUUAAUGAAGCUAAGUUCAUAGAGCCAAACAUAGGCGAACUUCUGGCUGCUUUGAAGAGUCGUCUCAAUGACUCCAAUAAAAUCUUGGUGCAACAAACACUGAGCAUCCUUCAGCAGCUGGCAACAGCAAUGGGCCCCAAUAUCAAACAGCAUGUGAAAAAUUUGGGCAUUCCUGUCAUUACAGUCCUAGGAGACAGUAAGAAUAACGUUCGUGCUGCUGCACUAGCAACUGUGAAUGCCUGGGCUGAACAAACUGGCAUGAAAGAGUGGUUGGAAGGGGAAGACCUGUCUGAGGAGCUCAAAAAAGAAAAUCCUUUCCUAAGACAAGAGCUUCUUGGUUGGUUGGCUGAGAAGCUGCCUACCCUCCGUUCAGUUCCUUCUGACCUGCUCUUGUGUGUGCCUCACCUGUACUCCUGCCUUGAAGAUCGAAAUGGGGAUGUGCGUAAAAAGGCACAGGAUGCCCUGCCGGUCUUUAUGAUGCAUCUUGGCUUUGAGAAGAUGACAAAAGCCACCAGCAAGCUGAAGCCAACUUCCAAAGACCAGGUACUGGCCAUGCUUGAGAAAGCCAAAGCCAACAUGCCAGCCAAACCAGCUCCGCCCGCUAAAGCAUCUUCCAGAGUGGCAGAGGGAGCAGCUCCAGCCAAAUUCCAGCCUGCCUCAGCACUUGCUGAAGAUUCAGGGUCCAAUACCAUGGAAUCCAAGCCUGAUCCCAAAAGAGCCAAAGCAGGAGGAGCUUCCUCUAAAGCUAAGCAGUCAGAUGUUAAUAGCAGUAUGUCCAAGGGCAAUACCAGCUUGUCCAAAGCUAAUACAAGCCUCAGCAAAGGCAAUACCAGUCUGACAAAGAGCAAAUCUAUCAAACAGGGUGUCCAGGGGAAGAAAGUGCUAAGCAAGCCUAAUUUGAAGGAAGAUGAUGAUAAAUCAGGUCCUAUUUUUAUCAUAGUCCCAAAUGGGAAAGAACAGAGGAUGAAAGAUGAGAAAGGUCUGAAGGUGUUAAAGUGGAAUUUCACUACUCCCCGUGAUGAAUAUAUUGAGCAGCUAAAAACUCAGAUGUCCAGUUGUGUGGCCAAAUGGCUACAGGAUGAGAUGUUUCAUGCUGACUUCCAGCACCACAACAAAGCACUGACUGUUAUGAUUGAGCACUUGGAGAGUGAAAAAGAUGGAGUCAUCAGCUGUCUGGAUCUGAUCUUAAAAUGGGUUACCCUGCGGUUCUUUGAUACCAACACAAGUGUUUUGAUGAAAACACUUGAAUACCUUAAACUGCUUUUCAACUUGCUGGGUCAAGAAGAGUAUCACCUUACUGAAAAUGAAGCAUCCUCUUUCAUCCCCUACCUUAUCCUAAAGGUAGGAGAACCAAAAGAUGUCAUCCGCAGGGAUGUACGUGCCAUUCUCAACAGGAUGUGUCUCAUCUAUCCAGCCAGCAAGAUGUUCACUUUCAUCAUGGAGGGGACAAAAUCCAAGAAUUCAAAACAGCGUGCAGAAUGCCUGGAAGAACUUGGAUGUCUUGUGGAAUCAUAUGGCAUGAAUGUAUGCCAGCCAACUCCAGGGAAAGCCUUAAAAGAAAUGGCAACUCAUAUUGGUGACAGGGACAACACUGUGCGCAAUGCUGCAUUGAACACCAUUGUGACUGUCUAUAAUGUUCAUGGCGACCAAGUGUUCAAGCUGAUUGGAAAUCUUUCUGAGAAAGACAUGAGCAUGCUGGAGGAAAGAAUAAAACGAUCAGCCAAGAGACCGUCUGCUGCUCCAGUGAGACAGGCAGAGGAGAAACCUCAGCGUACUCAAAACAUAAGUGCUAAUGCCAGCAUGCUGCGGAAGGGACCAGCUGAGGACAUGUCUUCCAAACUCAAAAUUAUGUAUCGCACUUAUAGGAUCCAAAAUCGCAACAUGGGCAGUCACUCUGAGACAACACACACAGUUCCACGGGAAUUUCAGCUGGAUCUUGAUGAAAUUGAAAAUGACAACGGUACUGUCAGAUGUGAGAUGCCAGCACUUGUACAGCACAAACUAGAUGACAUCUUUGAGCCUGUCUUGAUUCCUGAGCCCAAAAUCCGUGCUGUGUCCCCACACUUUGAUGACAUGCACAGUAACACAGCUUCUACUAUCAACUUUGUCAUUUCCCAAGUAGCCAGUGGUGAUAUAAAUACAAGUAUCCAGGCUCUGGCACAGAUUGAUGAGGUUCUCAGACAGGAAGACAAAGCAGAAGCGAUGUCUGGCCACAUUGACCAAUUCCUAAUAGCUACAUUUAUGCAGCUUCGGCUAAUCUACAAUACGCACAUGGCAGAUGAGAAGCUAGACAAAGAUGAGAUAGUCAAACUUUACAGCUGUAUUAUUGGGAGCAUGAUCUCGCUGUUUCAGAUAGAGAGUCUGGCUCGAGAGGCCUCUACUGGUGUGCUGAAGGACCUAAUGCAUGGUCUUAUUACAUUAAUGCUGGAUUCUCGGGUUGAAGACCUUGAGGAGGGUGAGCAGGUCAUCCGAUCAGUCAACCUCUUGGUAGUGAAAGUUCUGGAAAAAUCUGACCAGACCAACAUCUUGAGUGCUCUGCUUGUUUUACUCCAAGACAGUCUGCUAGCAACGGCCAGCUCUCCCAAGUUUUCAGAACUUGUCAUGAAGUGUCUGUGGAGAAUGGUGCGUCUUCUUCCAGAAACCAUUAAUAGCAUCAAUCUGGAUCGGAUUCUACUGGAUAUCCACAUUUUCAUGAAGGUCUUUCCCAAAGAGAAGCUGAAGCAAUGUAAGAGUGAGUUUCCUAUAAGGACACUGAAGACUCUGCUUCACACCCUGUGCAAGCUGAAAGGACCCAAGAUCUUGGAUCAUUUAACAAUGAUAGACAACAAAAAUGAGUCUGAGCUGGAGGCUCACCUGUGUAGAGUAAUGAAACACUCCAUGAACCAGACUGGAAGCAAAGCUGAUAAGGAUACGGAAAAAGGGGCUUCUCACAUAGAGGAGAAGGCUUCGAAGGCCAAAGUUAAUGAUAUUUUGGCAGAAAUAUUUAAGAAAAUUGGCUCCAAGGAGAACACUAAGGAGGGUCUCGCAGAGCUGUAUGAAUACAAGAAGAAAUACUCUGAUGCAGACAUUGAGCCCUUCCUGAAAAACUCCUCUCAGUUCUUCCAGAGCUAUGUGGAAAGAGGCCUCCGUCUGAUAGAAACAGAACGAGAGGGGAAAGGACGCAUUGCUGCUUCUACAGGAAUUUCUCCUCAGAUGGAAGGAACUUGUGUUCCUGCUUCUACCCACACUGUAUCUUCAUCUAUAGGAAACACAAAUGGGGAGGAAGUGGGGCCUUCGGUUUACUUGGAAAGGUUAAAAAUCCUCAGGCAGCGUUGUGGCCUUGACAACGCAAAGCAGGAAGACAGACCACCUCUGACGUCUCUGCUCUCUAAACCAGCAGUCCCUACAGUUGCAUCCUCUACAGAUAUGCUUCACAGUAAGCUCUCCCAGCUGCGUGAGUCACGGGAGCAGUACCAACAUCUGGAUCUGGACUCCAAUCAGACUCAUUCCUCUGGCAUUGGAACUACCCUGGCUUCACCCUCUUCUGCAGCAGCUAACAUUGAUGACUUGAAAAAAAGAUUGGAGAGAAUAAAAAGCAGUCGCAAAUAGAGAUGCGAGAGAGACAGCUUUGCUGUUGCUUGGGCUGUCUUCAGCUUUAGUUUACUAAACUAGAAGUCUUCAUAGUUAAAUGGCCUCAUUUAGGCCUAAUGUAUACAAACUGGUUUAUGUAUAAUACAGUGGAUUUUGGGGGGUUGAGUCAUUGUGGCACAAGUAUUUGUACAUACUCUGCUUCUCAGUGAGCAUUUCUUUGACAAUAGAAGGCUGUCUGUGUAUUAGUUUUAGUGUACAGACCUGUAAACAACCAUCCUCUUGCUCAGACUAGUUUCUCAUAACUUGUUUUUAUUUGUAAAACUGUCUUUAAGAUCUUUUCUUAGUUCUUAACUCUUAGAAGACCUUUAGUGAUUUCACUUUUAAUUUUGUGAAUUCUUCUCCAUGUAAUCCUUGAACUGUGGAUUCUGUAUGGACACAUGGCAUGAAGUAACUAAUUUAAGUGUCUUUUGUAAAUAAAGUUUGCAUUAACUAUACCAGCCUCUGUAGGAACAGCGGUGACUGCUGGUUAGAGAAGUCACUCUAUUUCAGAACGUUAGUGACUGGGCAGCUAGAAACUGAACUAAGCUAUUCUUGACAUGAACCUUGGGGUUUGGAAGAUAAGGAAGAUGAGUGAAUAUAUACUAUUUGUGGGUGCAAUCCUGAGUCUUUGCACUCUUACUUUCUAUGAGCAGUAGUGCAUUUUUCAUAUAGUUGCACUUUUUUGUUUUGGAAUAUGUUUCUGUAACUUGAGAGUAAGUUGAGAAUAUUUAGUUUGUUGAAAUGCUUAUUUUAAAUUGUCUAGUCCUUGUGAUACCUCUGCCCAGAUUAAGCAUAGUCCGAUCUGUGUCCAAAUGCUUUCUUGAAGGGAGCCUGCUGCUGUGACAUGAAAUAGCUUAGCAGUGAUGUACAGUCAGUGGACUGGUCAAGCAGUCUUUCAGGUGCAGGUAGAACUCACCACCACACGCUUUUUGCUCUUAAACGUCUGAUCUUAGCAAACACUGCUAUUUUGUAUAGCUAAGAUGCCUGGUAGUGCUAGUGUCCAAAAGCUGUAGCUGCUGCUUUUUUUUGUUGAGUGUCUUCUGAGCCUUUUUUAGCAGCUACAAGUAUGAAGAUUAAUACAUGGGCUCUGUAGCCUUUCUAGUCCUUUCAUCUCUAGGGAAGCGGUGUGUUUUCACCUUACUGCUGCACUUCCGUGUGAGAGCUAGUUGGGAACAUUAGUUGCACAUCUGUUCCAUAGGUAGAACAGAGUUAUUGAAGAGUUGGACAGGAGGCUUAAAAUAGCACACUUCUGCUCUAGAUUCUAACCUGUUCCACCUGCCUGCUGCUUUUGUUGUUUGCUCUGUGGACCAGCUGUCUCUCCAUUAGGGCCGUUACUGAAACUAUCUUGCCUGACUACAGUAAAAAUGUGGCUUUAAAAUAAUACCUGUACAACAGAGCUAUGCCAGAGCUUCUGCAAAUCGCUGAAAUCUUCUUUUUGUGGGACCCCCAGACUGGGGUUGCAGUUGAUGUAGUACUGCUUGGUGCUUCCGGUGAGUUUGUACACUGUGAUAGCAGGUGACUUGCAAGAGUUCUCCAUCCUGUGUUAAUUGACGUCAUGCCAUUCAUUGCUCCACCAUCUCGAUUUGGUAGUCACAGUCUCUUCACCUAACUGGAAGUGGGCAUGUACUUUCUUGUGGAACAGCUGAAUGGCAAGUGGAGGUUUGGCCCUUAUUGGUAAGUGCUGAGGUUUUGCACACUUAAACUGGGGUUGCUUGUGGAUAAGCUUGUGUUGGCUGGCACUAGAGUUACUGCCACUACCUCUCAACUACCAGCUGAUUUCUGAAACUUAAUUGACAUUUUAAUUAAUCCAUAUGUUCCUUUACAUGUCCGGCAGAUGUUUCAAAGAGCUUUUUGUUAAUUAGCUCAGGAUGUUAAAACAGUAAUGCCUGCAGACCUGCGUACAACUAUUUAAAUUUGAAGCUGAAUUAGAAGUAAAGUACAGGAAUAACUGAGUGGCAGAAGAUAUAGUUGCUUACUAUGAACAAGUUUUUGCCCUGUGUCUCUGUAGUGUUUGGUUGGACUCAAUAUCCUGGGAGUUCUGAACUCAAACUUGUGCACAUAAAUUAAUAAAGCCUAAUAUUUAGCCCAGACAAUAUUUAAAUAACAUUAAACUGAAUUUUAAAAAUGA